CCCUCCCUCUCUCCCCCAUAAACAUAAACCCCUUUGUGGUUUGAGUCGCGAGAGAGGAAGCACGAGUUGAGAGAGUUCAGAUGGGAACAUCAGUGCAGGUAACGCCUCUGUGUGGAGUGUACAAUGAGAAUCCUCUCUCUUAUUUGGUCUCCAUUGAUACCUUCAACUUCCUUGUUGACUGUGGCUGGAACGACCACUUCGACCCUUCCCUCCUUCAACCCCUCUCUAGGGUAGCAUCAACCAUAGAUGCAGUCUUGCUUUCACAUCCGGAUACACUUCACCUUGGUGCACUCCCUUAUGCCAUGAAGCAGCUUGGACUAUCGGCCCCUGUUUAUUCAACUGAACCUGUCUACAGAUUGGGCCUUCUCACUAUGUAUGACCAAUACCUCUCAAGAAAGCAAGUAUCAGAAUUUGAUCUGUUCACGCUGGACGAUAUUGAUUCUGCUUUCCAGAGUGUAACGAGGCUAACGUACUCUCAGAAUCAUCAUCUCUCAGGCAAGGGAGAAGGAAUUGUGAUUGCACCUCAUGUUGCUGGCCAUCUUUUGGGAGGCACUGUUUGGAAAAUUACAAAGGAUGGUGAGGAUGUCAUAUAUGCUGUUGAUUUUAAUCAUCGGAAGGAAAGGCAUUUGAAUGGAACUGUUCUAGGUUCUAUGGUGCGGCCAGCUGUUCUAAUAACUGAUGCUUACAAUGCUUUGAACAAUCAGCCUUACAGACGUCAAAUGGACAAAGAAUUUGGAGAUAGCUUAAAGAAGACUCUAAGGUCAGGUGGCAAUGUAUUACUACCUGUUGACACUGCUGGACGAGUGUUGGAACUUAUUCUGAUGUUGGAAUCGUAUUGGUCUGAUGAAAACUUGAACUACCCGAUAUACUUUCUUACAUAUGUUGCAUCCAGCACAAUUGAUUAUGUGAAGAGUUUCCUUGAGUGGAUGAGUGAUUCCAUAGCGAAGUCUUUUGAAAAAACUCGUGAAAAUAUAUUUCUUUUGAAGAAUGUCACCCUUCUGAUUAACAAGACUGAACUAGACAAUGCUCCAGAGGGUCCAAAGGUUGUUCUAGCAUCCAUGGCAAGUUUGGAAGCAGGUUUUUCUCAUGAUAUAUUUGUUGAGUGGGCCAAUGAUGUAAAAAAUCUUGUGCUUUUUACCGAAAGGGGCCAGUUUGCCACACUAGCUCGUAUGCUUCAAGCUGAUCCACCACCAAAAGCUGUCAAAGUCGUUGUGUCCAAGCGGGUUCCUUUGGUUGGGGAUGAACUAAUUGCCUAUGAAGAGGAGCAAAAUCGAAUUAAAAAAGAAGCUUUAAAAGCCAGUCUUAUGAAAGAGGAAGAGUUGAAAACAUCUCAUGGGGCUGAUAAUAAUACUAGUGAUCCAAUGGUCAUUGAUUCCGGCAAUAAUCAUGUAUCAGCUGAAGUGGCUGGUACACGAGGUGGAGGAUACCGGGACAUAUUUAUUGAUGGAUUUGUUCCCCCUUCGACAAGUGUUGCUCCAAUGUUUCCCUGUUAUGAGAAUACAUCAGAGUGGGAUGAUUUUGGUGAAGUCAUAAAUCCAGAUGAUUAUGUAAUUAAGGAUGAAGACAUGGACCAGACAGCAAUGCAUGUAGGAGGUGAUAUAAAUGGAAAACUAGAUGAAAGUGCUGCGAGUUUGAUACUUGAUACAAAGCCAUCAAAAGUCGUAUCUGAUGAGAGGACUGUGCAAGUCAGGUGUUCGUUGGUGUACAUGGAUUUUGAAGGACGUUCAGAUGGAAGAUCCAUUAAAAAUAUUCUAUCUCAUGUGGCUCCCUUGAAGCUGGUUUUGGUGCAUGGGUCAGCUGAGGCUACAGAGCAUCUGAAGCAGCACUGCCUAAAGCAUGUUUGUCCUCACGUUUAUGCUCCCCAAAUUGAAGAGACAAUUGAUGUUACCUCUGAUUUAUGUGCUUAUAAGGUGCAACUAUCUGAGAAGCUAAUGAGUAAUGUACUCUUCAAAAAGCUGGGAGAUUAUGAAAUAGCUUGGGUUGAUGCUGUAGUAGGGAAGACAGAAAAUGACACUCUUUCGCUGCUCCUCUCCCUGCUCCCUGUCACCGGAGCAGCUCCUCCCCAUAAAUCUGUUCUUGUUGGUGAUGUGAAAUUGGCAGAUAUCAAACAGUUUCUCUCUAGCAAGGGUGUCCAGGUGGAAUUUGCUGGAGGGGCUUUGCGUUGUGGUGAAUAUGUAACUCUUAGGAAAGUUGGGGAUGCAACACAGAAGGGUGGUGCUUCUGGUGUUCAGCAAAUCGUUAUUGAAGGUCCUCUUUGUGAAGAUUACUAUAAAAUCCGCGACUAUCUCUAUUUACAGUUUUAUUUGCUUUAGAUUUGGUUGUAGUAGUGCAAUGGCUAAUCAUGAUCUUCUUUCCUUCCCUGCCCUAUUUUGUGUGAACAUCACACUCUGGAGUUGUCUUUCAAAUAAGGUAGUAAAUAGUUGAGUAGCAGUGCUGGGACAGUUGUGAACCGGGUUAAUUUUGGUAGCCAUUUGAACAAAAAGAUUCACUGGGACACUGGCAUCUGAUGUUUUCGAUGAAGAAAUCAUCGUUGCAUCAUUUUUUGUAUAGCUAUUUUACCUUGGAUAUGCAUCAACCAUCAUGGAUUCUGGGGAAUGUAAACUUCUCUGCAGACAGAUACUUUUCAAGUGUGCUUGCUCUCUGUACAAUCAUAGAAAAGGAAAUGUAAUUUGUUCCUCUUGUGCAGGCUUCAGAUUUUGAAAGGGUAGUCAUGUGUCAGUUGGCAUCUAUCUCCACUUGUAGUUUUUUUCACACUGAAGUGAAAUUACUGACAUAAAAUGAAUGUAGAGAUUAUCCCUUUUAAUUUGGCUAUUAUCAUUCAACAGAACAAUCUAGAUUAAUGUCUCUACUUUUGUUCUGAAUUUUGAUUUGUUCAUCCCCAUGUGCCGUGUGACCCAAAACAUACAAUAUCUUGAUCAAUGUCUAAUAGCACUUACUGAA